AUUCCUUUGUACCACAGCAAAAUUAACUACUAAAUGCAUUCUUUCUGUUCAUUUUUUCAUUAGUAAAUUGUAAAAUAGUUGGAACAUUAUUAUAUGGAAAAGUGCGUCUAGCAUCUAGAUCUUGCAGGUCAGAGAAGUUUCUUCUUUACACUCUCUCGAUCUCUCCCAAUCUUGGUGACCACUGAAAAUUUUAGGAGCAAAAACCAGAGAUGAUGAAUAAGGUGAAAGAAAAGAAGAUUAGAGGAGAGUUUACCGAGGAAACAACACAAUGAACUCUGAUUAUAUCACCAUUUUCUUGAUCCUAUCAUUCACCCUCCAAUCCACUGCAGGGGCGGAUGUCAUUGGUGAACACCAAAACAGGAGAAUUCUGCACCAACCUUUAUUUCCAUCUGCUUCAACUCCACCCCCAUCCCAAUCUGAACCACCUCCGCCCCCCGCCGCCCCGGAUUUGCCGGGUCAAGACCAGCCAUUCUUCCAUGAACUUCCGAAUGGACCCACGGAUCAGGGCCAGCAGCCGCCGCCAGCGCCGGCUGCCGCCACCACAUCAGUGGCAAAUACAGUUACUACUCGGCCGUCCAAUUCAACCAAGAAAGUAGCAAUUGCAAUAACAUCAGCAAUUCUGACCCUGGCAAUGGUGUCGGCGCUGGCGUUCUAUCUGUACAAGCACCGUGUGAAACAGGCGGAUGAGUCCCAGAAGCUCGUUGGUGGAAAUUCUCACCGUAUGAACGACGAAUCUAGAAUGCCGCCGUCCACUUUCCUCUACAUUGGGACGGUGGAGCCGUCGAGUAGAAGUAUAGUGAAUGAGACCAAUGGCGCCAGUGGCUCACCAUACCGAAAGCUGAAUUCCGGCAAAAGAUCCGAGCGUUAUAGACCGAGUCCUGACCUUCAGCCUCUGCCACCAUUGCCGAAGCCCCCACCGCCUCCGAGCAUAAAUUCACCACCACCAAUGUCGUCGUCAGACGAUGAGAGCCAUGAUACUAAUUUCUACACACCACAAGGGUCUUCUAUGAGCAAUGAGUCUCCGGCUUCACGUCAGGUCUAUUUGAACAACAGUGUCAGCCAGGUGAACCAAAGCAAGUCGGAGAAUCGUGGUGGUGGUUCUGUUCCUCAUUCCAAGAGAACUUCACCAAAAUCUCGACUGCAGGGAUCAUCUCCUGAUACGAGGCCUGUAAUAAUACCAUCAAUAAAGCAAUCCAUACCGCCUUCUCCUCCACCACCGCCACCAGCUGCUUCAUCCCUGGGGCCGCUGCAGCCCAGCAGAGCACUAUCAUAUACUCCUAAAAGGCCGAAAUUUCCGGGACCCCCUCCACCACCAGAUAUGGCACGGCUCAGAUCAAUAACCAAUAAUGAUCAGCAGACAUCUAAGGUUCCAAUUCCGCCUCCACCGCCACCGCCGCCACCUCCACCUCCACCUCCACCUCCACCUCCACCUCCGCCCCCACCAACCCAGCUGUCAAUUCCAAGAAAAUUCGGAGCUGCGGAAACACGAACACCUCCACCAUUUACCAAACAAGCGAUAAGCCCACAACCAAAGACUCCUAGCCCGAAAGCAAAUCAAGGGACUGAGAAUACAAGCCCUAUUGAUGAAGCAAAUAACGGCAUCAGUUCAUCAGAGAAAGCUGACUCGGAAGACAGGGAUGGAUCAAAACCUAAACUGAAACCUUUGCAUUGGGACAAAGUACGAGCCACCUCAGACCGAGCCACAGUCUGGGACCAGCUGAAAUCAAGCUCCUUCCAGUUGAACGAGGAUGCCAUGGAGUCGCUUUUCGGAUGUAAUUCUGCAAAUUCAGGUCCCAAGGAAGCAACUAGAAAAUCUCCUCUGCCUGUUGUGGAGCAGGAGAACAGAGUACUUGAUCCAAAGAAAUCACAGAACAUCGCUAUACUGUUACGGGCACUGAAUGUGACUAAAGAAGAGGUUUCUGAAGCACUUUUGGAUGGAAACCUAGAGGGAUUGGGUCCAGAGCUUUUGGAGACUCUAGUUAAGAUGGCACCGACCAAGGAGGAAGAGAUCAAACUCAAAGACUACAAUGGUGAAAGCUCUAAACUAGGAUCAGCGGAACGGUUCCUCAAGGCAAUACUUGAUAUCCCAUUUGCCUUUAAAAGAGUGGAAGCUAUGCUGUACAGAGCAAAUUUUGAUACAGAAAUAACAUACUUGAGAAAGUCUUUCCAAACACUAGAGGAAGCCAGUGAAGAAUUGAAGAAUAGUCGUCUGUUCCUUAAACUCCUUGAAGCUGUUCUAAGGACAGGAAACCGCAUGAAUGAUGGCACUAAUCGCGGCGAUGCCAGAGCUUUCAAAUUGGAUACAUUGUUAAAACUAGUGGAUGUAAAAGGGGCUGAUGGUAAGACAACCUUACUUCACUUUGUGGUACAAGAGAUCAUCAGGUCCGAAGGAGCACAGUCUGAUUCUGCAACUGAUAUCCUGCCAAACAAAACAAAUUUCAACUUUAAAGAAGAGGAAUUCAAGAAGCAAGGGUUGCAAGUUGUGUCCGGACUAAGCAAGGAGCUAGGCAAUGUUAAAAAAGCAGCAGGGAUGGACUCAGAUGUAUUGAGUAGCUACGUCUCCAAGCUUGAAAUGGGACUUGACAAAGUGAGAUCAGUCAUGCAAUAUGAGAAACAAAGCACGCAAGGUAAAUUCUUCGACUCAAUGAAAGAGUUUCUUAAGGAGGCUGUUGAGGAAAUCACAAGAAUUAAAGCUGAAGAAAGAAAAACUUUGUCCAUGGUGAAAGAGGUGACGGAAUAUUUCCAUGGAGAUGCUGCAAAAGAGGAGGCUCAUCCGUUCCGAAUAUUCAUGAUUGUACGGGAUUUUCUCUCGAUUCUAGACAAUGUUUGUAAAGACGUCGGGAGGAUGCAGGAUAGAGCAACGAUGGGCACUGGGAGAUCAUUCAGAAUGCCAGCAACUGCGUCGUUGCCGGUGCUCAACAGAUACAAUGUGCACCAAGAUUGAAUCUCAGAUGAUUAUAAAAUGCAAUCUUGGCAUGUGAACGAGUAAGAAGCCCUGAAUAAAAGACUAUCUAUAAUUUUGUUAUAGGACACAUUAAUGGAGCGGGAAAGAACAUCAUCUUGUACAGCCCUACUCUCACAUUCUCAUAGCCCAGCUCCAGACUACGUCUCUACCGACGGCAAGCAGUUAUGAAAUUUUGAACAAUCAU